AUGUCCAACGAUAAAGAUCAAAGCGUAAAUUCAUUAAAUUUCUUCUCCGGAAUCUCCAACUCAUCCAGUCGAGAUAGAACUGCCGAAUUCAUGCUAGUGGCCAAGACCUUACAAAACAAACAGAAUAAAGAUGGAAUGAACUCUCGAAGUCAGUCACGACAUGCCAAUCCUAGCGAGUUCUCUAUUGUAGCAAAGCGUAUCGGCAACGAUAUCGCAAAUACUUUUAAAAAAUUGGAGAAAUUAGCAAAUCUGGCGAAGAAGAUGUCAUUAUUCGAUGAUAAACCAUUAGAAAUACAACAGCUAACUAAUAUAAUUAAACAGGAUAUUAAUGACCUAAAUAGACAAAUAGCACAACUACGAGAAAUCGCCAGGUUAAAGAACAUGCAUAAUGGUCGGCAUAUACAAACACACUCUAAUUCCGUUUUAUAUUCUUUACAGUCUAGGUUAGCCUCUAUGUCGAAAGAUUUUAAAGGUGUUUUAGAGAUCCGUACCGCCAAUCUAAAACAACAGAAGGAGCGACGUGAACAAUUCUCUACUGCUCCGGUACCAAUGUACACACCAACGGAUAAUAACGAACAAUCUGUGUUACUACGAAGAAAUAAUUCGUCAGUUUCCAUAAAUAUGGAUUCAUUGGAUAGUCCCCAUCACCAAAUGCAGUUAAUAGAUCAACAGGAUAAUUACAUACAAGACAGGGCUGAAACGAUGGAAAAUAUUGAGUCUACUAUUGUAGAAUUAGGUGGUAUAUUUCAACAAUUAGCUACUAUGGUGAAAGAGCAGGAAGAGCAAGUUCUGAGGAUCGAUGCAAACGUUGAAGAUACACAAGCAAAUGUAGAAGCUGCUCAUAGUGAAAUUUUAAAAUAUUUUCAAUCCAUUUCGUCUAAUCGUUGGCUAAUGAUUAAGAUAUUUGGUGUAUUAAUGAUUUUUUUCAUUAUAUUUGUUGUCUUUAUGGUUUAA